AUGCCAGACCUCUCCGGGAAGGUCAUCUUCGUAACUGGCGGAACAGCCGGCCUCGGGGCCGCGACGGUACUCCAUCUAGCGAAACACACUCAUCCGCCCGCACACAUCUACAUCAGCGGACGGAACGCCCAGCGCGCCGACGACCUCAUCAAACAAGUAUCGGCUUCCAACUCGGCCACACGCCUCUCGUUCGUCCCCUGCGACCUGGCAUCCCUCGCCUCCGUCAACGAAGCAGCAGAAGCAGUCCUCCGGCGAUCGUCCCGACUCGACAUCCUCAUGUGCAACGCAGGCAUCAUGGCACAGCCGCCGUCGCUGACCAAAGACGGCUACGAGGUGCAAUUCGGGACCAACCAUCUCGGCCACGCCCUGCUGAUCCGACGCUGUCUGCCGCUCCUGCAGCGCACCGCCGAGGAAUCUUCCGACGCACGCAUCGUCAUCCUCUCCUCGUUAGCCUUCCGGGGCCACCCCCACGGCGGGAUUGUCUUCUCGGACCUCAAAACCGUCCAGCAUUUCACCGCCUGCGCCCUCGGCCCCUGGAUCCGCUACGGGCAGAGCAAGCUCGCCAAUCUCCUGUACGCGCGAGAGCUCGCCCGGCGGUACCCCGCCAUCACCUGUGUGUCCAUCCACCCCGGUGUGGUGAGCACGGGGCUGGUGGAGAACCAGACCCGGGGGAACCGGGCGUUUAUCUAUGUGACGAAUAUUGGUCAGUUGAUGAAGCCGGAGGAGGGUGCGUAUAACCAGCUUUGGGCGGCGACGGCGCGGAAAGAGGAGUUGGUGAACGGGGGGUUUUAUGAGCCGGUGGGGGUUCUGGGGAAGCUGCAUAGGGCGGCAGGCGAUGAUGCUUUGGCGGAGAAGUUGUGGGAGUGGACGGAGGGGGCUUUAGGGGAGUAUCUCGAGGUCGUCUGA